AUGCGUGCCGUGCUCGUUUCUCCUGGUUCUGCUGUCUCUCCCUUUCUCCUCCCCUCUUUCCUUUUCUUCCAACAACCCCCCCUUCUCCCCCCUCUCCCCCCCACCUUCACCCCACCCCUCUCUCUUUCCUUCCCACCGGGUCACCGCCGAACGACACGCAUUCUUCCUUCCCCACAUCUAUGCCAUGCUUGCGCGUCCCUCGUUGUUUCCACUGUCUCCCCUUUCCCCCCAUCCCUCCCAACCCAAGUGCAGCCGUUUCUCCCGGACGGCCAUUUCAUCAAUACGCUGUUCCUCCCGCGCAUCUAUGCGCCAUUCCUCCCGGACGGCCAUUUCAUCAACGCGCUCUUCCUCCCGCGCAUCUAUGCAGCUCAUCCCCGCUGCUGCUGCUGCUGUUUCCCCCUUUCAUUUUUCCGCUGCCCUUCCCCAUCCCAUCCCACCUCCAGCCGUUUCUCCUGGAUGGCCAUUUCCCAUUCCUUCCGGACGGCCAUUUCAUCAACGCGCUCUUCCUCCCGCGCAUCUAUGCUCAUGCUCCCCUCCCUACCCACCGUCUCCCACCCUCUCCCGUUCUUACCCACUCCCUCCCACCUCCAGCCGUUUCUCCCGGACGGUCAUUUCAUCAACGCGCUCUUUCUCCCGCGCAUCUACGCUGUUCUCAUCCCUGCUGCUGCCGCUGUGCUCAUGCUUGGCUUCGUCCUCAUCUUCUUUGCUGCUGUGCUCAUGGGGCAGAAGACUGGCAAAGCCAAAUCCAGCUGA